GGUGAAGCUGAAGAGAAAGAGAGCAAAUAAACAAACUUAUAUAUUCGAUGAAAUUUUGAGCCUAACAGUCCACGGUGAACAGUUGAACGGAGACAAGCUUCCGACCGGUUGCUGGCGACGAUCUGCGUACUCGAUCAAACUCGGUGAACUAGUCAGACGCGGUUUGUGGGUCAGUUUAGUCGAUGCGCGACAAAGAGUGAAAGUGCAAAAAAAUAAGCAAACAUGAAGUCACUUGUUGCGUCCGGAGUUGCGUUGCUACUGCUUGCGUCGUCGAUCGGUCCAGGCUGCGCGCAAGAUUUCAAAGGCGCCAUCGACGAGUGUACGAAGGAGUUCGAGAUGGAUAUGGAUGUGGUCGUUUCGCUCAAGUACGGCGAUUUCAGCGAACGUGAUCCCCUGAUAGAGUGCUUCACCGAGUGCUUGAUGAAACGAUCCGGCUUCAUGUUCGAUGACUUCAGCUACAACAAAACGUUGAUCAUCGGUUUUGCCGGGCGCUAUCUGGAGCCCGAGGGUGCCCAGUACGUGUACGAUAACUGUGUGGACAAAUUCGGAACGACGGUGUGCGUGACCGGAUUCGAAAUGUACCAGUGCAUACACGAGACGGCGGUGGCCGAAUGGGUCGAAAGUAAUUUCUAGCGAGCAAGCAAGCGAUAAGCCGAGUAAGCAAUGCAAUGAGAAUCGAGUGCGCAAGAGUGCCGUUUCAUGCCGGCUGUGUUAUUUUUUUUGGAUACUGCCCAUCGAAUGUGAGCUUUUGGAUUUUGCGGAUCUUAAGUGUGUCAGUUUAGCGUAUAGGCUAGGUGCGGUUCGUGAAUUACGUAUCGUUUUCAAGAAAUAUGAGGAUUUUCAAAUAUAGACUGUUUCAGAAAUUAUAAAUACACUUUGUUUAGUAAAUUAAAUGAACUGUUACAAUGAUUUUAACCUACUUCUUUUAGAGUAUAGCAUAUUAUACUCCAUAUUUUUAUAUUUCCUUUCAAUUGUGUUGAUAUCUUAAAGAAUAGUCGAGUUCUCUAACAAAUAACUAAAUUUUUCAAAUUUGCAUUUGCACAAAGGUGUUUUUUAAUGAUUUCAACAUUAUUUAUCACUAAAUACCAAAAAUUAUCUAAAUUUUUAUCACAUUCGCUUUCUCAACAAGUUGUCUAAGGAAUGCCUUGAUCAAAAUUUGGGAAAAAUCGAUAAAGGCAUUUCCACAACAUUUUUUCGGAGAUCAAGUUUCUCAUUUUUUAAGGUUUUCUACGGAACAUAAGAACUACCACACAGUUUCUGAGCUUUCCUGAACGCAUUUGAUCUAAACAAACUUAUUUUUUCAGCUCAUUCGAUCCUUCAGAUGGCAAAGCUUGUCAUACCAUAAAAACGAAUGCAGUAAGCAGUAAUUAAGACAUUCGUUUGCUUAACGUUUGUUGCUACUGGUGUUGUUGAGAAAUUUGAAACACAAAUUUUUGUUUUGAGAAGGCCCGUAAUGGUGGUUCUUGAUCAAGUAUUCCAGUAAAACUUACUAUUACCAAUCGAGAAAUAUCUUUUAUUAUCGAUACAGCAGUUUUUGUUGUGUUUGGAAAUCAAAUAUUUUAUCUGUGAGAUUUUUUUCUUUACUAUUAUGCUACAUUUUUUGACCACUUUGUGCAACUUCAAAUUUUGAUCAUCUUGUUUACAGAGCCCUAUUUUUUAACUUUUACCAGAAACAUCAACAAAAUUGGUAUUAUUUGCUUCGUUAGCAUGUUCACUAUUAGAGCUAGAAGAAACUUUUUUGGAUAAUGUGCUCAAAAUGAAAUGGCAGGUUAUCGUUAGUGUAUUUAUAAUUUCUGAAACAGUCUAUAGGACGUAAUUAGGACUGCACUUUUAUUUUGUUAUACGUAUUAAUUUAUUUAUAAAGUUAAUUAUUUAUAAAUUUAUUUAUUUAUUUAUUUAUUGAUACCAUAAUAACACUAUAGAUUGAUUUGAACCAAUGACAAAAUUCUAUACUAAUGGGAAAAUUCAUAAUUUGAAUCCCUACAGAUGCAGGUGGCUGAUAUUUCUGGAUAAAAUCAGCAAACUUUCAAAUUGACCAUUCUUGCAUUCCUAUAUUGUGUUGUAGCCCCCAAGAUACCCCAGUUCCAAGAAAACGCAUGUAAUUUUCAUCGAAAAAAAACCUGGGGCCGUACUAAUCGACAGAAAACAGAACCCGUCAUCCUGAGUAUGGUCUUCUAAAAUACCAACUGGUUUACCGUUUUGGUUAAAUGGGCCCUCAGAUAUAUUAAUGCAAAAAAGGUCAAUUGGCCAAUUCGCUUAGCUUAUAACUGAAAAAGCUCAUGCAGAGUACGUGUGGUAAUUUUGUAAGGCUGGUAAAUAGGAAGGGGCUGUCCAUAAACCACGUGGUCAUUUUUUUGGGACUUCUCAACCCCCCCCCCCCCCGCGUGGUCAUUUGUCCAUACAAUUUUUUUCUUUCGUCCAUACAAAAUGGUCAUUGGCCGAACCCCCCCCCCCCCUCAUGACCACGUGGUUUAUGGACAGCCCCAUACUUUAUCAAUCAGCAUAUGAAGAAAUUUCAUGGUUGAAGAUGUGUUGUUUUUUAUGUCCAUGGCAUCAUCGGUCCUCGAUAAUAGGUCUUUUCCAAUGUUCACAAUAAUUUAGGAAAAAAUAAAUUACGGAUUCAUAGUCACUCUAUUUUUAAAACACGUCUUAUGAGGAACGCGGAAUGCUGUAGAGCAAAAAUAUCGAACAUACCCCCGCAAGUUGAUAGGUUAGUUCCGUUUUACUUUUUUUUUAUCUUGAAACAUUUUUUCAUCCCAAUGUUCACGUGAUGAAGAAGUUGAAACUAUAUUUGCGUGUUUCAUGGACGUCUGAAGAAAUAUGAAACGAAUACAUGUUUAUACGUAAAGCUUUAAUAAUCCAUAAGAAUAACGGUUUUUAUGAGAUGGCGAAAAAAACUCUUUUUAAAUAAAACAGAUCAAUAAACAUCAUCAUAAGUAUAUAAAAAAAGCUUUUAUUUUAAGGGCGUUUUAUUAUUAUUACUAUUAAAAAUCCAAUCCUCUUAACCUUCAUCCAGCCAACGUACAUUUUCCACCUUUAAAAAAGCACAAAAAUGGUCAUAACUUUUUUGUUUUUUUGAAGGAUUUUGAAGAAAUUUUCACAACUUCCCGAAAAACUCUUCUAGUUUAUGAUGCCUGAGACAAGGGUGCCUGGUCCACAUGGAUCCGGAGUUAUCCCGGAUUGUCUUGGGUACCAAAAUUGGCCACAUACUUUGCGCAACGUAUAUCUCAAGAUCCCGAUGAGGUAGAAGUAUAGUGUCUUCGGCGAAUUCGUUCAGCAGGUUAAGAACUGACUGGCAACGGCGACUUUGGUUCGCGAUUCGGCCGCUAGGCGGCGCCAGUGUCAAAAAUGAUCAAACCCUCAUAUCUCAGAAACCUGAUAAGAUAGAAUGAUGCUGUCACCGGCAAUGUUCUUCAGCAAGCUCAGAACUAUCUCAUAGUUGAGUCUUUGAUUCGUGAUUUAUCCGCUAGGUGGCGCCUUGUGUCUGAAAAAUACCCUAAUGAGAUACAAGCAUGCCGUUUCCAGCAAAGUUGUUCAGUAGGCUAAGAACUAUCUGGCAAUGGCAUCUUUGGUUUGAGAAGCGUUCGCUAGGUGGAACCAGAGUAAAAAAUGUUCAAAUUUCUAUAUCUCAGAAUCCUGAUAAGAUAAAAUGAUGCCGUCUUCAACAAAGUUCUUCAGCAAGCUCAAAACUAUCUGAUAGUUGAGUCUUUGAUUCGUGAUUUAUUCGCUUGGUGGCACCUUGUGCAUAAUAUUUAAAUACGUGUAUCUCGUUACUCUAACGAGCUAAAAGCAUGGUGUUUUCAGCAAAACUGUUUGGCAGAUUGAGAGCUAUCCGGCAAUGGUGACGCUAGGUGGCACCAGCAAUCAAAACAUUCAAACAAUUUUAUCUCAAAAAUCAGAAAACGUUCAGCAACUUGUUCCGAAAGUUAAGAGGAAGUAAAACGUAUCUGGUGUCCUUGGUUCUGAUCUUAUUCGAUAGAUUCCGUCUUGUAUUAAGAAAUACUUGUAUGAACACCCAAAUGAACAAGAGGUAUUCCAUUUUCAGCAAAGUUGUUCAGCAAACUAAGAGCCAUUUCGAAGGAUAGGAGACGGUCGAGUACGGUGGUACAAGAGGCAAUACUUUAACACCGUCAUUGACCCCCUGCAGACAAAUUUUGUCACCCUACAAUAUUACUUCUUUUGCUCCGUUUUUUCUUCCGGGAAUUUCUACAGGAAUUUCUCCGGGAAAUCCAUCGAGAAUUUAUCCAAGAAUUCCACUGAGAAUUCCUCAAGAACUUCCUCUAGGAAUUUCUUCAGGAAAUCUUCUUGGAAUUCCUCUGGGACAUCCUCGAGAAGUUCCUCCGGGAAUCUUCUAGAAAAUCCUCCAGGAAUUCCUCCGUUUAUUCCUCCAGAAUUUUUCCCAGGAUUUUCUCUAGGACUCCCAUCAGGAACUCCAUCAGGAAUUCAUUUGGCAAUUUCUGCAUGAAUUCUUCUGGGGUUUUUUGUCAGGAAUGCCUCCGAUUUUUUUCCAAGAUUUUCUCCGGAAAUUUCACUGAAAAUUUCCUCAGGAAUUCGUCCAUGAGUGCCUUCAUAAACUCCUCCGGGGUUUUCUACAGGAAUUCCACCGGGAUGUUCUAUAGGAAUUCCUCCAAGAAUUUCUCUAGGAAUUUCUCCGGGAAUUUU